AUGCACGCUUCAUUUUUCACCGCCAGACUGGUUGCGCUUGCCGCCAUUGCCUCAGUUGUUUCUGCUCAGAGUCUCCUCCCUGCUGGUUGUGACCGUAAUGUAACUGUUCAUUCUGGAGAUACAUGUGACAAAAUCUCCGCAGCACAUAGUGUUUCCACAUACCAGCUGGCGGCAGUCAACAGCAAAAUCAUUGACAGCGGUUGCGAUAAUUUGGCUAUCGGAGAAGUUUUAUGCCUUGGAAUCAAAGGCCAGGAUUGCAAAGUUACCCAUGUUUUGAAGGCCGGUGAAACGUGCCAUGACGUUGCCGAUGCAGCUGGUAUCCCGGAAAAGACGUUGCUCGCGAACAACCCGAACUUAGGCUCCGACUGCAGUGGCGUGUAUCCUGGCGAGAUUCAGACCUUCGAGUCUUUCGAUCGACGUGCAAAUCUUCUUACUCAGGAGUCAGAUACGACAUACGAGUCCGCAACGCAGAGUCACUAUAGGAAGGGCUCGGAUAGCAAAUGA